GUGACUCACAGCGCCCUGAGAUAGAUAAGGCGCGGGAGCGAUGCGAAUUGACCAUCAUGUCCAAUUCAAGUUUCCUGCACCAAUCUCCUCCCGAAGCAACCAGUCCCUAGACUACCUGUGAUCCUCUCCAAAACAUACAAAGCAUCAACGAUCGCAAUGGCCACCCCGGACUACGUCUAUACCUUCUUCCGCAUCUCCAAGGAAGCGGCCACGAUCCGUGCAUCAGCUCUACAGUAUCGCGCCCUCCGCCUGGAAGCCCUCCAAGUCUCGCCUGGCUCCUUCUCCUCCACCCAUGCCAUCGAGUCCGCCUUCACAGAAGACGACUGGAUCGCGCGCCUCACCGUGCCAGACCGCGAGGUGUUCAUCUGCGCGGCCACCCCAACCUCCACCGCCACCCGCCCCAACGCCGAAACGCAAUGGAUCGCCCAGGUCACCCUGCGCGGCCCCACCCCAGCUGACCAGUUCGCCCUCCCCGCCGCUGCGAAUCCGCCCGCGCCGCGCCCGGACAGCGAGGAAGAGCGCUGGCAGAUGCUGAGCUUGUUCACCCUCCCCGCCCACCGGGGCCGCGGGCUGGGCGCGCAGCUGUGCCAGGCCGCGCUGCAAUGGCUGCGGGAGUACCGGGCGGAGCCUGCAACGGUGCAGGUGCGGCUGAUCGUCAAGGCGGGGAACGACGUGACGGUCAAUCUGUACCGGAGGCUGGGGUUUGAGGACGCAGGGCGAGCCACCUUGGUCGAGGCGCUGGUCGCGAAUGGAGAUGAGGAGUUGGUGGAGGUGGUGAGGAAGACCCACGGGGCGGUGGUCGAUGAACAGAGACAGGGGUUGGUGAUGGUUAUGAGGUUGCGGCGCGGUUAGAGCUGGAUGGGAAUAGACGGUGUAAGACUGUCCUGUCCUUGGAUAGAAGCUUGAGAAGACUACGAGAUACGCUUCGAUUCGACUGGGAGAAUUCGACAGCAUACUGUAGGGCUAGGAGCCCUGUGGCUGGAAGAGUAGAGACUCUAUGAUACAGAAUUUCCGGAUAUGAAUCAACACCAGUCCGUAUCGGUGAG